GGUCACCAUCCAGUCAUGAGGAUUGCGCGUCCGUCUCGGCCGCGCGUCCCCGCUCGGGAUCGAGCUGGCGACGUGCGCGCGCCCCGCUGUCACGCGCGGCGACGUGGAGCGAGAGAGCAAGGCUGCUGCGAGGAUGAAGCCGACAACCCCCCUCCUGCUUUUGGGCCUGCUGGUCUUUGUUUUGGUUCAGGUAUCGUCUACAUGGCACAGACGGAGGAGAACGAACCAGCAGGUGGCGAGGAUGAACACGUGGAGCUCUUCACCACACCCGCCACAAAGAUGGCCGCCGCCACCUCCGACUUUGGCUACAACCUUUUCCGUGCGCUGGCAGCCCAGCAGGACAACGCCAAUGUGGUUCUCGCGCCCAUCAGCGUCUCUGCGGUCCUCACCCAACUGGCCUUGGGAGCUUCUGAGCGUGGUGAGAGGCAGCUGUUCCGAGCCUUGAGGUACCACACCCUGCAAGACCCUCAGCUCCACAACACCCUGAGGGACCUCCUGACCUCUGUCAAGACGGGCAACAAAGGACUGAGCGCGGCAGCCCGCCUCUACCUGGCCAGACGUCUGCGCCUCAAACAGGAGUUCUUCACCGCUGUGGAGCAGCAAUACGGCAUCCGACCCAAAGCCCUGCAGGGAGGGAGUCAAGACACCAAGGAGAUCAACAACUGGGUCGCCACGGAGACCGGCAACAAGGUGCAGCGCCUCCUGGCCAAGCCCCUGCCUAGGAACCCUGGAGUCAACGCUGUGGCCGGGGCCUACUUUAAAGGGAAGUGGAUGACGGCGUUCCAGCCUCAAUCCUUGCAGAACUUCCAGCAGGAGGGCAAAGCGCCCGUCCGGGUUCCCAUGAUGCAGCAGGAGCACUACCCCAUCAAGAUGGGCGUGGAUUCUGACCUGAGCUGCACAAUUGCACAGAUCCUCCUGCAGAACCAGGUGAGCAUGUUUGUGUUCCUGCCUCAUGAAGUGACGUCCAACCUGACCGCCCUGGAGGAGACGCUGACAGCCGAGUUUGUGCAAGACCUGGGCAACACGCUGCACGCCACGCACGUCACCCUCACCAUGCCCGUCCUCAAGUUCGGGUACGCCACGGACCUCAUGACGCUGCUCCCUGCCCUGGGGCUCACAGAUUGGCUAGCUGACCAGGACUUGGAGAAGAUUUCGGCACAGCCCGCCAAGCUGGUCACCAUUUAUCAUAAGGUGGUCAUGGAGACGGCACCCGAUGGCGAGCAGUCGGCGCCCGCCACCUCCACCACCAGUCACCUGACCUACCGCGUCGACCGUCCCUUCCUCUUCCUCCUUCGCGACGAGGCCUCGGGAGCCUUGCUCGUCGUCGGCAGAGUCAUUAAUCCCAAGGACCUGACUAUCUAACACACAUACACAUCAACACACACAUACGCACACACACACACUCUUAGCAGGUCCUAGGAGGGCAAUGAGGAUGAAACGUGAUUUAUCGUUAACUUGUGGUACAUUUGUGUGUCGUUACAAAAUAAACAUAACAAUGGGAAAAAAAAAAAAACCACCCUUGAUUUUUUUUUUUUUUUUUUUACUCAUCAACUUUGACCUCUAGCGCUACCGUAGGACAAGAUACAAAAUAUUUGAGUGAAAACAACUUAUAAAUGGUGAACUCUCCACAUGUGGAUCAGAUCAUAUACACAUUAUCUACUGCUCUCCUCUGAGGAAUGUGUGUGCGUGUGUGUGUGUGCGCACCAUGUGGUUUUGAUUUUAUCGUCACAUUCCUCGGGUUGGGCCAGUGUUGGAAAAUAUAUUUAAGAAAACACUUACUCUCUUUUAUCUGAUUCAGCAACUCAGGAACAACACAAAAGAAAGAAAGAAAAAAGGAAAAACUAAAAGAAAGUAAGUUUGAUGUUGAAAUCAUGGACACACUAACAAAUGUACGUUGAUUAAAAAAAUAAAAAAGCACCGAAGCAAACACACAAAUCCACUAACAGCCACAAAUAUGCACACGCACUCACACAAAUACUUGCCGGACUUUUAAGUACAUGGCGGCUGCUUGCAGAAGGGCCGCCUGACACAAAAUGGCAGCGCGGGAGCUGCCUAGCUUGAAGCGUGCCGGGAAAUAGCCCGGUUGACCGAAUGUCUCUGGUGGACGUCUGUGGAACUGCGUGUGGAACGUGUCUUUUGGACCUUCCUCAGGCGUGUCCCGGCUUGACUUGCUGUUCCUUGUCAUGCUCGUUCACCAGCUCAUAGAUCUUCCGAUCGGAUUCCUCGGGGCUCGCGAGAUCCGCCCUCUUCCUGUGCAGGACCAGCGCCGUAAAGAAGAAGCACAGAAGGCCUCCGCACAUGAACACCC